GGCCUUCCUUCCAGGGCUUGGCUGGCCUAAAGCUUGGCCAUGGCUUGGAGGGGCUGCUGCCGGCUGGGGCUUCGCUGGAGGCAUGGCUGGAGAGAGGCAGGCGGGCGAAGGGGGAUUGCCUCCUGCAUUGACCCCUCUGUGGGUCUCACCGAAGAACAGAAGGAGUUCCAAAAAGUGGCCUUUGAUUUUGCUGCCAAAGAGAUGGCCCCACACAUGGCGGAGUGGGAUGAAAAGGAGAUUUUUCCCGUGGAAACCUUACGGAGAGCGGCUCAGCUGGGGUUCGGGGGCAUCUACGUAAGGCCAGACGUGGGGGGAUCCGGACUGUCACGCCUUGACACCUCCAUCAUCUUCGAGGCUCUUUCGACCGGAUGCGUCAGCACGACUGCCUAUCUCAGCAUCCACAAUAUGUGCGCUUGGAUGGUCGACGUCUUCGGGAAGGAGGAGCAGCGGCAGAGGUUUUGCCCCUCGCUUUGCAGCAUGGAAAAACUGGCCUCUUACUGCUUGACGGAGCCAGGCAGUGGCAGUGAUGCUGCGUCUUUGCUAACGUCGGCCAAGAGGGAUGGAGACACUUACAUCCUAAAUGGUUCCAAGGCUUUCAUCAGUGGUGGUGGAGACACGGAUCUCUAUGUGGUGAUGUGCCGGACGGGAGGCCUGGGCCCCAAGGGCAUCUCCUGCCUGGUGCUGGAGAAAGGGACCCCUGGGCUGAGCUUUGGGAAAAAGGAGAGGAAGGUGGGCUGGAACUCUCAGCCGACUCGAGCCGUGGUGUUUGAGGACUGUGCCGUCCCAGUAGCCAACCGCCUUGGUGAAGAAGGCCAGGGCUUCAACAUCGCCAUGAAGGGCUUGAAUGGGGGCCGAAUUAACAUUGCUUCUUGUUCUCUAGGGGCCGCCCAUGCUUCGAUCCUGCUGGCUCGGGAUCACCUUAAGGUCCGUAAACAGUUUGGAGACGUCCUGGCCAACUAUCAGUACCUCCAGUUCCAGCUGGCCGAGAUGGCCACCCGCUUAGUGGCGGCUCGGUUGAUGGUGCGCAAUGCGGCCAAAGCCCUGCAAGAGGAGCGGGAAGAUGCCGUGGCCUUGUGCUCUAUGGCCAAGCUCUUUGCCACGGAUGAGUGCUUUGCGAUCUGCAACCAGGCCCUGCAGUUGCACGGUGGCUACGGGUACCUGAAGGAUUAUGCCGUCCAGCAGUUUAUGCGAGACAUCAGAGUGCACCAGAUAUUGGAAGGUACCAACGAAGUGAUGAAGAUGAUCGUGGCCAGGAGCCUGUUACAGGACUAACUCCAGAGUUGGGUUUCUUGCCCAUUGCACUCCAAAAGAAGAUUUGAUUUUUAAAUAGCCAUUGAUGGGGAAGAAGUGAUGGAACUGCACUGGGGAGGACUGUUUUUCCUGGAGGCAGCCCAGUUAGAUAUUCAGCUCAAGGCACCUUUCUGCGUUUCUGUAUCGGGCAGCGCUUGGCGAACGCUCUCAAAUGAGUCUUUUGUUCUAACUUUGACCAUCUGCUCUGACUUGACGUUACAAAGCACUGGCUUUAUAACACGCUGGUGCCCCAAGCAAUCCUUUCUGGGGGUGGGAGCUGAUCGGUUCAGUGUUUCAUGCCCAUGGAGCGCAUAUCACACCACAAAGGCCUUUUAAACUCGUUUCCCCUACCCUUUUUGGGAACUAUCUCCUUUUUUUUAGGUCAAACAACAGGGAAGAGGAUGGGAAGGAGAUCUCUUUCUUGCCCUCUCCCUUUCAAUUGUGACUAAUGAUUUUUUUUAUAUCAUUGAACCUGGUGGUAUUGCGGCAGGAAGUGCUUUAGACGCACCACAAUUUUCAGCUAUCCAAUAAUGCAAGGAUUUGGGAGUGCUGAUUCAAGUGGAUUUCCUUUUCUCUUCCACAAUGCUGAAAUCAAUAAAUGGUUUUCUGCUUCUU